GCAUAUCCUCUCUCUAACCAUAAUGAUACAACUCAAGCCUCCUGUUCUUUAGGAGACUCCAAGGACAUGGCGACGAAUAUGGGACGAGUUUGAAGAGCUCGAAGCUUUCUUGAGUCCUCCUUCGUCGUCUCCAUGUCACAAGGGUGCAUCUGAGCGUACGACGGUUCCAACUUUGAUGCAGCUUGUUCUUGGGGCUUGAGAUUGAGACGUUUUGAGGAGGGAAGAAGGAAGGUCCGGCCUUGAAGAAGGAAUUGAAUCUGGCGUCGAGGUUGAUGGCAUUUUUCUUCUAUGAGAACAGAAAGAAAGCUUCAGAUGCAAAGAGGCUUCGGUUUUUUCACCUGGGUGGCUUUCCUUUUGUGGUCAUUCUCAUCCACGCUCGUGCGAGCUUCAAGAGGCUAUGACCCUGAGCUCUUAGAUGCAGUCGUUCACGAAUAUGCCAACAAAACACUGCAAGAUCCAAGAACAGGCGUUGUUUACAACAUCUCCCUCCCUGCCAACUUCUCUGGGAUCGAAGUCUCGAUCGUCAGGCUCAGGAGCUCGAGCUUUUGGGUCAGAGGGUCAAACCUGACGCCUUUCCAGAUCCCACCAAGGAUCAUUCCUAUGCCUUUUUCGAAGAGGCUAGCCAUACUGUCUGAGAACCUCAAGAAUUGGUCUUCUAAUUACUAUCAAGUCCCUGGUUAUAGGCUGGUCAGUCCUGUUGUGGGGUUCAUGGUGUUAGAUGCUUCCAAUUCAAGUGGAAUUGGCAACCAGCAGCUCAAUUUGAGAGCGAAUGGCAACCCCAUUUUGGUGAGUUUCUCUCCAGCUGAGCUGGAGCUCCGGACAUCAAAAUUGUCCAUGCGAUGCGUCGAGUUCGGGCCUCAUGGGUCGGUCAGUUUUAGCAACAUGACUUCACUGAAUGGAUGUGUUGCACGAAGUCAAGGUCAUUUUGCACUUGUAAUUCCGGCUCCAGCUCCACCACAGAAGAAGAAAGAAGCAAGGUUUUGGAAAUGGUGGGUUAUAGGGUUCACAGGCGGGUUCAUGGUUUUAGUUUCUGUGAGUUUAAUUGUGUUCGGAGCGUACAAGGCAGUGAAGAGACAGAGGAUCAAGGAAAUGGAGAAAGAGUCUGAGAAGGGCGUCUCCUUUGAUACGGUCUGGAUAGGGAGUAGUAAAAUGCCUUCAGCAUCGACGAUCAGAACCCAGCCGAUUCUUGAGGCUAACGAGCACGUUCCAUGACUCUGCAGAUUGGUUCUCCAAUUGGAUUGUUUCCAUAACUAGUCCUUUCUCUGCUCUUCUCGAGAUGCGCGAGGAAAAAAAGACACCCCUGUACAGAACUUCUCAAUGCGAACGAUACCUCAGGAAAUUUCCUAGGAAAACUCUGGGGUAUUGCCAGUUGGGGAAGAUAGGAAGGGAAAUAGACAUAUUGGUUUUGCUUUUUCUUUUUUCUUUUUUCUUUUUUAAACGGUUUUGCUACGUUGUUUACACCUCUAGAUUGGUGGAUUCAUUUGACUAGUGAUUAUUCAUGUGAAAGAGACUAAUCAACGGGAUUAAAAAAAUUUCACGUGUGGUGUGACUGUGUUUGUUUCCCUGUCAGACACGUGGUAGUACUUAUGACUCAGAGUAAGGUAUUGGAAGCCGGCCAAGAUUUGGCACUUCUGUUGGUACGUUUCCAUGGCAUGAUCCUGCUUCCAUAUAAAACCAUAGGGCGAGGCAAACGGGGAGGACCGCUCUGUGAACCAGCAGGGUUUCAGGAGACGUGCCUUGUAUCCACGCCUAUUU